UGCGAUUCGGUUAGAAGAGUGCGCAGCCGUUGUACUGCAAUAAGUGAGACUGUGAACUCAAGUCUUAAAGUAGAUGGUUGAUGUCUAUGGGCUUGAGUGCCCACUUAACACCGGGUGGGCCGUAAAAAUCAACCUGAAGCGGAAGAGGACGUCAAAUAAAAAAAAUAAAAAAAACUAAAAUAAUUUAACAGUUUAAAUGACCUUAAAUUACUGUCUAUCUUUACAAUUUACAUUUAACAAAAAAAAAACCUAUUAGAACCACAACGUUUGUUACCACGCAUAUGUCAUGUCGUAUAUUAUUAUGUUAGUGCGUAUUUAUAAAUAGUUUCCACUAAACGAGUCGCCUUCUCGAUUAUUUGUUUGUAAUAGAUAAUAGAUAAGGAAUAGGCACGUUUUGUCGUAUCAAUAAAUACCAUUCAGUUCACGCAGGGACCUUGAACGGAGUAGACGUUAUGAGUUUCACAAAUAAAGUGGUUCUCGUCACCGGCGGCAGCUCGGGUAUCGGUGCCUCUGCCGCCGUACACUUCGCUAAGGAAGGUGCGGACGUGGCCAUAGUAGGUCGUAACGUUACGAAACUGGACAACGUGGCCCGGGAAUGUGCGCAGGUCGGCAAAAAGCCGCUCAUCAUUAAAGCUGACAUUUCAAAUGACGAAGAAGCGAAGAACAUCGUCCAACAAACCAUUGACGCCUUCGGGAAGCUAGAUGUGCUCAUUAACAACGCUGCAAUGAACAAAGCCGGGUCCCUGCUCGCUGGCAACCUCCUUGAAUCGUACGACGCAGUCACAGCGACUAAUCUGAGAGCGGUCAUUUUGAUAACGAGCCUCGCAGCUCCGCACCUCAUCGAGACGAAGGGAAACAUCAUAAACGUAUCCAGUAUCGGCGGAACCAUGGUACCAAUGCCAGGGUUUCUUGCAUACUGCAUGGGGAAAGCUAGUUUGAAUCAUUUUACGCGUGGUAUUGCCUUGGAAUUAGCUCCUCGUGGUGUCAGAGCAAACAUCAUCAGUCCAGGUCCUGUUUUAACUGAUAUCCUUGAGAAUUCUGAUAAUGAGAUUACCUGGGACAAUUUGAAGACUGCCACGGCUUUGAAAAAAAUAGGCGAACCGUCAGAAAUUGCCGAGUUGAUGUUGUUCCUGGCAAGUGACAAAGCUAGAAGCAUAACUGGAUCGAACUACGUCUCCGACAAUGGAAUGCUGCUGCUCAGAUGAAGACAUGUAAUAAUUUUGUAAUAACGUAUGCAUGCUUGUAAUAAAUGCAAUGCAUGUAAUAAAUGCAAUACAUUCUA